AUGGCUCAGCUUGGUGCAAUCAUUGCUGUCACAGUAGCAUUGUUCAUUGGUUCACUCUUCUCUGCUAUAUAUAAACUUGAAGAAGGGCACACUGGAGUUUACUAAGGGGGUGCUUUAUUAACUUCUACCAGUGGACCAGGCUUUCAUCUCAUGCUGCCGUUUAUAACUUUGUAUAAAUCAGUGCAGACAACAUUGCAGACUGAUGAAGUAAAAAAUGUACCAUGUGGUACAAGUGGUGGAGUGAUGAUCUACUUAGACCGAAUUGAAGUUGUUAACUUCCUUGUUCCCAGUGCAGUUUAUGAUAUUGUAAAGAAUUUUACUGCAGAUUAUGACAAAGCGUUAUUAUUUAACAAGAUUCAUCAUAAACUGAAUCAGUUUUGCAGUGUGCACACAUUGCAAGAAGCCUACAUUGAACUGUUUGAUCAGAUUGAUGAAAACCUCAAACUAGCAUUACAGCAAGAUUUGACAAGUAUGGCACCUGGAUUUAUCAUACAGGCAGCUCGUGUUACAAAACCCAACAUUCCAGAAACAAUUCGAAGAAACUAUGAGCUCAUGGAGAGUGAGAAGACCAAACUACUGAUCGCUGCCCAGAAGCAAAAGAUGGUAGAAAAGGAAGAUGAGACUGAGCGGAAAAAGGCCCUAAUCGGUUAUUGUUUGAAUGCACGAUAUCAAGAGUUUUUCAUUUCGAAUUACCAUUGUUGA